AUGGACGCCGCCGCAUCAGAUGCAGUCGACAUGCUGCCAGCUCCCCUCUGGCACCACAUAUUCCGCCGCCUGCUGCUGCCACCGUCCCAGCCGGACGAUCUACCAGUGCCUCCGGAUCCUGACCGCACAGGUAGCGAACGGCACAGGAGAGAUGCGGACAACUACGGUGCCUCCUGGCCGCUGCUGUGCUGCGCUCUCGCCAGCAAAAGCCUCCUCCAGCACGUCCUCUCCUUCUCCGUGAGUCACUUCCUCUCAUCUUCCGAAUGA